UUUAAACCAAGAUAGUUCUCUAUUUUUUUUACCAAAAUGCUCAAGCUUUAGGCAAAGAAUCUCAUGGUCAACAGUGUCAAAGGCCAUUUUUAGGUCAAGAAAUACCAGACUCAAAAACUGUCGAAGAUCCAACCCACUGUACCAGUCAUCAGUAUUUUUUAGCAAACAUGUUACAGUGGAGAAAAGGCACAAAAAGCCAGAUUGGUUCCCUGAGAACAUUCAAAUUUCCUUCAUGUACUGGUAUAGUUGGUAGAAAACAAGUUUUUCAAAGAGCCUUUAGAUGACAGGUAGACCGAUAUUGGGCGAUAGCUAGAUUUUUCAGUCCUAUCUCCAUCUUAAUGGAUGCAUGUUUGUCAAUGAUCAGGGAAAAUAGGCUGGACCAGAGAUCGACCAGAACAUUAAUGUCAUCGGCCCAGUGAGCAUUUGCUCCCAACAUGUAGCAGAAACAUCAACAAGGAAUGCUUCCUCGCUGAAAUUUUUCAUUUUGCGUGUUUUGGUCAUUUUGUGGCCCUUUUCCAUUGCACCAUUAAAUUUUCUGAUGCAGUAGACCAAAUAAUGAUCACUUAUAGAAACUUUAUGCACUCCUGAACCCGUUAUGUCUCUGGUAUUUGUUGUGGCAAUGGGAUCAAUGAUAGGAGAUGUGAUCAAGGUUACCCUUGUUGGCUCACCAAUAAGCUGUUUGAAGUCAAAGAGCCCAUAAACAUCACACAAUUUUUUUGUGUUGUUGUCUCUGGGCUGGUCAGCUUCACAUCCUGCAAGAUCACAAUUAGAGUCUCCAAGGAGGAUUAUCUAUUUUCCCUCUCUGUCCAAAUAAGAUAGAACAUGUUCUAGAACCAACAUUGAAAGAACCAGGUGGUCUGUACGAAGCUACAACGAGAAAUGGCUUGCUUUUGGUGGUUCUACUUCAAUACAAAUGAGUUCAGGGGCAUCCUUUGGAACAUCAGAACGUGGUUUGUAUUUAGUAGAGUCCCUAAUAGAACAAGAAAGAGCAUUACACUCUUAGUUUUCAUAUUUACACUCUUAUUUGCAAAAAAUAAGAACAACGUAAGAAUAUGGCCAGCCUCAGAAGAAUAUAAAUAAGAAAAAAGCGAUGUUGUUUUUUUUAAUUUACACUCGUGUUGACAAAAGAGUGCAGAUUUUAUUAGCCAGACAAUCGUGCUGUUAAAAUGUCUAACAAAAUAUUAUUUAGUUGUCUUGGGAAUAAUUUAUAGAACGUAACUUGUGAAAUACUAAUUUUAAAGUAAGAACAGCAUAAAGGACACUCGAGCCGCAAAUUAUCCAAAAAAUAACAACUUUGAGCCUUGGUCAACUUACGUUGUCAUACCUCAGACUGAUUUUGCACAAUUAGAAUGGAAGUAUUUCGUAUUGCUCUUUCAUAUCAAAGAGGCAAUAAUUAAGAAAUCCUUUAAUUUCAUUUUACGACUUUAUUCGAUUCAAUUUAAGACUUGGCUUUUAUUGACGUUAGGGUAUGUAGGAAGCUAGACUUGAUUUUGCUCUAAGUCAAUUUCAUUUUCGAGAGAGGACUAUUUAUUUCCCUUCUGUUGACUUCUGCGAAGGAGACGGACGGUGGAGAGGGAAAGCGAUUUCGCGGGAGGGAGGGAGCGGAAGUAAGACGGAUAAGAGAAACAAGUAAGAGAAAUAAGUAAGACGGGUAAGUAAGAGAAAUUUCGGCUCUCUUCUUUAAAUUCUGUGUCUAUCCAAUAAAAUGGAAAGAAAAAGGAAACACAGCGGUGUCACAGACAGUAAAGCAUCUGCGGGAAACAAUCAAAAGGGGCAAAAAUUGACAUGCCCUGCCUCUGAGCUUAUGCAAAUUGGGAUUGAAGAAAUUAAUAGCAAAGCAAAUGAACUAAAUGAGAUUAGCCAGCAGAUUUGGGAAAAGCCUGAACUUGGUUUUGAAGAGAAACAUGCACAUUCUGUCCUUACAACAUACCUCAAGAAUCAAGGCUUUGAGGUCCAAAAACAUACUCCACUUGAAACCUCAUUUAUUGCAAAGUUUGGGGAUGUAGAUGGUUUAAAAGUUGGUGUUAUGUGUGAAUAUGAUGCCCUGCCGGGUAUUGGUCAUGGAUGUGGUCACAACUUGAUUGCAGAGGCUGGUGUGGCUGUUGCCAUAGGAUUGAAGAAAGUCAUUGAGACAUAUUCAAGUCUCAAGGCUCAAAUAGUUGUUUUUGGGACACCAGAUGAAGAAGGGCAAGGUGGAAAAGUUUUUAUGGCUGAAGAAGGAUGCUUUGGUAAAAUUGACAUUUGUAUGAUGACACAUCCAGGAUCAGCAGACAUGCCUGAGUUUGAAGUGCUUGCUGUUUCUCAGUUAAGCAUGACUUACCAUGGAAAAGAGGCUCAUGCUUCAAUGUGUCCCUGGGUUGGCAAAAACGCAUUAGAUGCUGCAAUACAGUGCUACAAUAACAUCAGUAUGUUGCGUCAACAGAUGCAGCCUGGUUGCAGUGUCCAUGGAAUUAUUGUUGAUGGGGGUGCUAAGCCAAACAUUAUUCCAAAAAGAUCUGAACUUCAUUACUAUAUUCGAGGACAAACCUGUAAGACUAGAGAUGAACUAAACGAAAAAGUUUUAGCUUGUGCUGAGGCAGCUGCAGCAUCUACUGGUUGUUUACUGGAAUUGAAACCAAUUGGUAAACCAUAUUCAGAUAUGAAGCAGGCCAAGUCAUUUGUACAAACUUACAAGAAACAAGCAGAAUCACUUGGUGUCUACUUCCCUGACUACAAAACCCUGCCAUGUGAUGGUAAGGAUCUGUCAACUGGAUCUACCGAUAUGGGUAAUGUUUCUUACAUAGCUCCAUCUAUCCACCCUAUUUACAGUAUAGGAGAUCCAUGCAAUCACACAGUUGAAUUUACCAGGGUAGCAGGUCUUCCAGAGGCACAAAAGCCAACUUUGGACUCUGCAAAAGCCCUGAUGAUGACAGCUGUGGAAAUACUAACAAAUGAAGAAUUGUUAAGAACAAUAAAGGAAGAAUUCCAGGAUUCUUAUUAAUAAAAUGACUUCCCUGAAUAAAGGUGAACUUUAACUUAAGAAAAUCGCCAAUGGUUUUAGAAUUAAAUUUUACUCUUCAUAUUAAUAUUAUUAAAAGGCUUUAAUGAUGUGAUUAUAUCCAAAAAGGGUGUGGAUGUGUAUGCAAAUCAAACUCAAAAGGGUUUUGAAGCAUUAUCAAUAUUUAAUAAUACUAUUAUACUUUUUCCAAAUGAUUAAGAACCAACUUCAAAAACAUGGUACUGAUCUUAGUUUCUUCAAAUGACUCUCCCUCAUACACCAUGAUCUCUUUGCACAAAUUUUAGCAUGGCAUGAAACCCUGCCUGUUUUCAGCAGUGACUAUUAAGGUACAGUCUCCUCUGUUUAAAAAAAACAAAUGUAAGAACAUGAACAUUGUUAUCUUAAGGUACAAACAGGGCUAUGACAAACAGGGUAAAAAGUAUCAAAAUUCUCAAAAAUAGACCUAUCUGGAGUGAUAUGUUGCUGAUUUUUAAAAAUUGAUUCUUUCUUUGGGGGGGGAAGGGGAUUCGUUGUGGUCAUAAUACUUUUUCAGAAGUAGCUGAAAGUUUUUCCUUGAGAAUAUCAUUAGAGAAGAAAUUUAUACACACAUUAAA